GUUGGAUUCUGAUAGUUGCAAUAUCAAAGAGAAGCUAUUUUAUUAGAUUAUUUUUUGGGGCCUUUCUCAUGUUAUUGUAUUCUGAUGUUAUUGUACAGACCCGGGCAAUGGAUGGGACUUUCUGAUGUUAUUGUACAGACCCGGGCAAUGGAUGGGACUUUCUGAUGUUAUUGUACAGACCCGGGCAAUGGAUGGGACUUUAAAGACGACCUGAAAUUCUGAAGAUUUCAAGAAAACAUGGCAUCUAAACAGUUUUGUGAAAAAGCAAACUUUCAGACUUGUUUCAAAGGUACAAUCUGCUGUACCAGUAAGUUUGAUAAACCAUUCUCUCUGGUGAUAGUGCCGGAAGAAAAGAAUGAUGAGUUUGAUGAUAACCUUGAAAAGUAUGAAAACUAUGUUGCUCUGAACAUUGGACCGGAUGGUGCUGAGUUUAAAAUAAAACUGGGGGAAGAUAAACUUGAAACCUUGAAAACAUGCUCCAAUGGACUGGAAGAAGGAGUUAGGCAAACUUAUUGGUGGUCAUAUGACAAGGAUGGAAAGAAAUUGAAAUAUGGAAAAGGUCACACCAUGGAUAAAACAACAUUGAUGUCCUAUGCUUUUGAAGAUAGCUCUUAUGACAAAUUUAAACUCUUCUUAAAUCCCAACACUAACUGUAGGAGUACAGUUCUUCUCUAUGGUAGUUUGAAGGAUUGCAAACAGGACAAAAUUAAUGAAGGAUCCAUUGACUAUGAGCCUUUGAUCUUGGUUAACAAAGAGCCACUAACCUUUACUCCAUCUCCUAUUCUAAAGGAGUUUAAACCAGUUGAAUUGGACGAUUUGGAUGAAGCUGGCUACACUUUGCCCAUUAAACUACCCCUUGAGUGCGAAAAAAUUUUCAAAAACAUAAAAAAUAUCAAGGUUCUUGAUCCUCAUCUAAUAAAUCAAAUUAGAAACAGUAUUGAGACAGAAGGUUUAAAACUCAAUGAGGUACUUAAGGAAAAGUCGUAUUUGAGGAUUACUAUUGGAGAAAAUAGGGGGAACUCCCCUGGUUGUCCUAAUGUUCUAGAGAUAUGGCCAGCUGGGGCAGAAAGUCCAAUCCAUAACCAUGGAAGAUGCAGCGCAGUAAUCAAGGUACUCCAUGGAAGUAUUCAAUGCAGUAUCUUUAAUAAGAUCACAAACCCUCCAGCUAAGAGUCCAGAACAUCUUGACAUGUUUGUUGCUAGUGAGGGGGAUUACACCUGGAUGAAUGACCGCUGGUUCCAAACCCAUCAGCUAAAGAAUGUGUCUGAUGACUACUGUGCCACCCUUCAGUGCUAUCAGUAUGCUCCUGAGGACCCAACUCACUAUCCACAGUUUGAUUACUAUAAACAUGAGGAGCUAGCUAAGUUUGAACCAGGAUCAGAUCUUACCUUCGAGAAGAUGAAGAAGAUUGUUGCAAGGGAGUGGGAAGAUAAAGCACAAAAUGAGGUUGAAGAGAGGAAGCUGGUAGAUAUUAAGAGGAGAAUCACAAGUCUGAAUUCUAGUGGGAUCCAGACAAAGGACAUUAAGAAUCUUGAGAGCCGUGUCAAGAGAAUAGAGGAUUUAAAGAAUUUUAUAUAAAAUCUUGAAAAGGGAAUUUAAGUAGUCGACCUAUGUCAAGACUGAUAACUUCAUAACUUCAUAAAAUUUCCUUGAAAUUACAACUAUAUGUCUUCUUUAAUUAACAGUUCAUUUGUUAUUAUAAAGAUUGUAAAUGAUCAACAUUUAUUUUUAAAACAAGUUAAGAAUUCUAAAUUUCACUUUGACGGCAAAGAUAAAUCCAACAUUUUAUUACCGCAUAAAAUUUUAACAUGUUUAAUUAAGAUAAACAUGAGUUAUUAAACUUUAAAGUUUAAUUUUGGAAAGAUUGUGAAAUGGACAUUUUUGCAAACAUUAUAAAUGUUAUUGUAUUUGGGCAUUUGUAAAGCAGUAAUAUUUGCAUCUGUUCUUACAAGCUGUAGUUACAUCUGUUUUUAAAGGAGAAAUUUUUGCUUUUAUUCUUACAAGCUGUAUUAUUUGCUUCAUGUGUUUCUACAAGUAGUAAAUUUGCUUCAAUUCUUACAAGCUGUAUUAUUUACUUUAUCUGUUUCUACAAGUAGUAAAUUUGCUUUUAUUCUUACAAGCUGUAUUAUUUGCUUCAUGUGUUUCUACAAGUAGUAAAGGAAUUGAGUCUUUACCACAAACUAAAAUUUUCCCAUCUUUAUAACUUUGCAACCCAAUGUCGUAGACCUUAGAUAUUUCAAACUAUGAAUUCUGGUGGAUCAAAUAAUUUAAGUUUGAAAUAUCAAUGUUUUACACUAUCCAGUUGCAGAGAUAUUGGGUUUAACAAAUCUGAGUUUGUGACAAAAACUCAUUUCCUUUGCUUCAAUUCUUACAAGCUGUAUUAUUUACUUUAUCUGUUUUAACAAGUAGUCAAUUUGGCUUCUAUUCUCACAAGCUGUAUAAUUAUUUGCUUGUAAUUUUUGCUUCUAUUUUUAUUUACAAGCUGAAUUAUUUGCUUCAUCUGUUCUUACAAGCACUAAUAUUUGCAUCUGUUCUUAUAAGCUGUAAUAGUUACUACAUCUGUUUUUACAAGUAGUAAUUUUUGCUUCUAUUCUAUCAAGCUGAUUUAUUUGCUAUUUCUGUUCUUACAAGCAGUAAUUUAAGUUUCAGGGGUCGCGGGAUGCAGAUGUACUGUAAUAUCAUUUAAACUAACAGUCACAGAAUGCAGAUGAACUCUUACAAGCAGUAUAUGUAUAUAUAUUUUUCUGAAUUGUCACCACAUUUUGCUGCUUAUCUGAAUCCUUACCUUAAUCCUUAUCAGAAGAGGUGACAAUUAAUCAGAACAAAGCAAACCUAUAAGCAGUCUAAUGAACUGUGAAAUUUCAAGAAAUUUUCAGUUCUGAUAAUUAUUCUAAUCUGCGCAUGUAUGUUUGUUUUGCAACUUUAUUGUAAUUAAUUAUUGUUAUUAUUAAUUGAAUUUUUCUAAAACAUUGAUUUUAAGAAAAUUUAAAAAUAAUCUCUUCCAUUAUUUUAAAAAAUUUAAAUUUUUAAAACAAUGGAUAAGGUAUAAAUUAUAGAUUAACUUGAGUUUCAGCUUAAAUGCCAGCCCAAAUCACUUUCAACUUAAUUCAAACCAGAACUUCAAAUUACAGCUUGAAUAUCAAACUUGUUAAUUUUGGUGAUUUAAUUCAUCUUAACCCAUGAUCUCGUACUUUUUCUCCAUUUUGAGCAAGGAAAAAACAGACUUAACCCACCAAAUACAAUGAUUAAAUUAUUAAAUUUAUUUCCAUAACCAUUCAUUAAUUUAAAAGCUUUAAUUUCAGA